AUCUCCUCCCUUCCGCUGGCGCUGAAACUCGAGAGAGAAGUGACAGGUAGGAAGACCGUUGUGUAGCUACCAGACCAGACAGACUCAGAUAAACAAAAAUGUCAAACUCAUGAAAGAAAAUGGUUCAUAGUAAAGUCGACAGUUUGUGAGAGAGACAGUUAUAAAAGUUUUGAUGGGAAGUUGCCAGAGAAAUGCAAAUUAGUUUGAGAAUACACUUUACAACUUCGAUGUGGAUCAUUUCAUAUUUAAGGUCACAAUGAGUGGACAGCAAACUUUUUAAAACUUAAAAUUGUCAUAACAAAAAGGAAUUUCUAGCACAUAUAAAAUACGCGGGGCAGUGUCAGAACGAUUUGUCAACGGAAGGCGCUUGUCAUUGGAGGAUGAUCACUAAAUUAGAUCAGAAUACAUCACAGAAGGAAGUUGAGGAUGUGUUCAACGGGUCGAGACAUAAUAAUCCCCUAAUCACAGACACUUUCUGUCCUCUUCAAAUGAAAUAGCCUACAAUCUCAGUUCAUCAUGCACAGACGGAGGAUGCUUCGGGCACUCCCUGUUUUUAUAUUCAUGUUCUUCAUCGUUUUAAUCGUGGACUUUCAACUAAGGACGCGGAAUCUCCACAAACUCAAUUCUAUUCACAAUCCGUUCGGGGGAGACUUACUGCGCUCGAUUCAAGAGGCGCCUCUCUCCCCGGCAAAGGAGCCACCAAAGCCGGCCAAGUUUCCUCGACAACCUGCCGCUGUCUCUACUAUGAACCAGACUGUUGGUGGCUUACAAGCUGAGAUACAGAGAAGGAGAGACAAGUUGAGGUCUUUGGAACAGAGAAGGGUUUUCGUCACUCCAUCCCUGUUGAGGUUAACGGACAUCUUCCUCGCGGUGAAGAGCACCGGGAGGUUCCACGGCACGCGCCUAUCUCUUCUCCUCGAGACGUGGAUCUCCAAGACCAAGGAGCACACGUUCAUCUUUACAGACACAGAGGAUGAAGACAUCAAGUCCAGAGGUUACAAUUUGAUUGUGACAGAUUGUCCGUCUGACCACAGUCACCAGGCUCUGUCCUGUAAGAUGUCUGCUGAAUAUGACCACUUCAUGGCCUCCGAUAAGAAGUGGCUGUGUCAUGUUGACGAUGAUAACUACGUGAAUCCUGGAGCUCUUCUCUCCCUGCUCUCAGCCUUCCCCCAAGACGGGGAUGUCUACGUGGGCAAGCCCAGCCUCGACCACCCCAUUCAUACCCAUGAACUACUGGAUGGCAACAAGACAAAAGAAGUGCAGUUCUGGUUUGCCACGGGAGGAGCAGGCUUCUGUCUGAGUCGCAGAAUAGCUGAGAAGAUGGCUCCAUGGGCUAGUGGUCCCAGGUUUGAGCAGACGUCAGCAGUGAUCCGUCUGCCAGAUGACUGUACAGUAGGCUUCAUCGUAGAGAGAAGACUGGGGAUAUCCAUGGUCCACAGUUCAAUGUUCCACUCUCACCUGGAGAACCUGCUACUGCUGACGCCCAGCAAAAUACCUCUACAGGUGACUCUUAGUUAUGGGCUGUUUGAGAACAAGAUGAACAGUGUGGAGCUGAAUAGACUCUUCUCCAAGGAGGAUGAUCCCUCCAGGUUUAAGACGGUCCACUGUCUACUCUAUCCACUGACCAGCUGGUGCCCUUGAAGACUCCAACUCCCAGCAGCACCUGCGCCUCCUGAGAGUCGGGGCUGUCUGUACAUAGUUCCUGGUUUAACAGUGUAUUCACGUCCCAGUCUGGGCUGUCUGUACAUAGUUCCUGGUUUAACAGUGUAUUCACGUCCCAGUCUGGGCUGUCUGUACAUAGUUCCUGGUUUAACAGUGUAUUCACGUCCCAGUCUGGGCUGUCUGUACAUAGUUCCUGGUUUAACAGUGUAUUCACGUCCCAGUCUGGGCUGUCUGUACAUAGUUCCUGGUUCCUGGUUUAACAGUGUAUUCACGUCCCAGUCUGGGCUGUCUGUACAUAUUUCCUAGUUUCUGGUUUAACAGUGUAU